UCAGUAGGUUCUAAAAUAAAAUGACAAAGCCAUACAAUGUGUAAAAGUUUUAUUUUGUGAAAUUUAAGUCUUUCUUAAUAUAACGGAGUUGAGUCUACACAAGUAUAUUUGUCCAGUGUCAAUACAUGUUAAGUAAACUGUACAAAUGAAUUUAUAUAUUUGUGUAAUUUUAGUCAAACAAACUUGGUAACACAUCUGCAAGGUGUCUGAAAUGCUUGCCAUUCAUAAUGAGACACAGUGUAUGUAUUCAAAUUGGCACACUUUCCUACUAUUGAGUAUGCAAGUUGAAUACAAGUUGUAUACAGCCUGUAUACUCGAUAGUAGGCAAGUGUGCUAAUUCAGACAGGGCUAAUAUGUAUUCACUGGACCAAUCAUAGGCAGACCAGCGUGCCUUGAGUUCACUAAGAAAAUCACAGACAUAGACAAGCCAAUCAGAAACCAAUUAAUCAAUUAGCAGCCCUUCCAUGGUUACGGCCACAGCUGAGCCACAGCCCCUUGUUUGACAGAUUUCGGGUGGUGAUGAUCUCAUGAAACCAUUAUGUUGAAACAAGAAAGAUUUGCCACUUUAAAGGAAAUAAAAUGAAGACAUUAUCUCCUGGAUUGGCCCUUAUAAAAGCUUGGGAUUUAUGUUACUGAGGAAGCGACACAGUAUUCUAAGGACAUGACAGAUGUCAUGAACGAACUGGCAUCUUGAAACUGCUAAAUUACAUAAUGAAUAAGCCAGUUCUAGAUUUUGGGUUUGAAAGGAUAAAAUCCUUUAUUGACUGACUGUAUAGAUACUGAUUGCAUGCAGAGUGGAUUAACUGAGAGUAGCAGUGUAGCACAGUGAUUAGGGAACUUGCUUGUAACUUACUGUUUUACUCUUGAGCCAGGUACUUACUGUUAAUUGCUUCAGUAAAAUGUCCAGCUAUUUAAAUGGAUUGUAUGUAAAAUGUUUUCGGUGUAAUUUCUUGUGGAUGCCAAAGUGUAGCUGUAACUGUUAGUCUUGUUUUCUAUAUAAUCUUGUAGUUUAUAUGUUUGUAAAAAGGUUAUCUACUGUCUAGGAAAGGAAAAUAUUUAACAUUUAUUUGUGUUACAUUUUCACUCAAGUUAAAAGGUUUUGAUGAAUGCAGUUGUGUGAGUUUGACAAUUUAAGUCAAGCAAAACAAGAACUGAUAAGCCUAGAUAGGAUGCCAAGAUAAGCCAAUCACUUUGCCUUGUGAUUGAUGACAGAAGUUGUUUAAGUGAAGGUAUUUUAUUUUCUUGGCCCUUAAGCACAAUGUCUUAUAAAGCUUAUAUUUUAAUUCAGGUAUGCAUUUUUACAGCUUGCAUUUUAUAUUUACUGAAGCAACAGAGGGUUAAGGAGCUUGUUUUUAAUUGUUAAUUAGUCAGUGAAGUGAAUAUUGCAGAAGAAUGUUUAGAAUUUAUUGUAACUGUGAAUGCAGCCGAAGUACAGUACAUGCAGAUUUAGUCCACUUGAUGUAUAUAUUAACUGCAGCCAAACACAUUUCAAUCAGUAUUUAUAUAAAGUAGGAAUUAAAUGAACAAGAACUGUCAGUUUCUUCAUUAUAAAUAUUUUCAACUUUCGUGCUUUUCCGUCACUGGUGGAGUCUUCGUUAAUAUCCGUGUGGCGUGUGACGUACGGUGGAGCAGGGCUUGCGUAGGGCGUGAAUGCGUAGCCCCUCCCCCUCCACAGUCUAUCUGGAAAAAGAAAAAAAACUUUUUGUAUCGAAGGAAUCAACAGCCGCCAUCUUGUCGCGGCUCGGAAUCAGGAUUUCGGGAGAGUAUUAUUUUUUAAUUUAAUAACAGGCUACCCAAACCCAGAUCAGACGGGGCCGCUCCGCUGAAAACGGACAGCUUGUACACUUUCGAAGAUAUUUCAUGCGAAAAAACCAGGAUUGGAUCGGUUUUCGUCGGUUAGAAAACCCACCGUAUAUCUGAUUUCCCCUUCAGAAAGCGCCGCUUCUCUCCGUAUCACCGCUCCUGUCCGUAUUGUUUUUCGAGAGACAGCGGCGAAGGGACGAAAUCGCAACAUAAAAUUACUUUAAAAUUACAUUUUAUUCGAGGCAGAAAUGCAAUUUGAUGCAAUCAAAUUGCGCUCAGAAAAAACGGUUUUGUAAAGAUGCGAAGGUAACGUAACGACUUGUGGGGCAAGGGACCUAAAAUUCAGUUUAUGCAUUACUAUAAUUUUUUUACUUUCUUUUUUGGAAUAAAAUAUUUUUUUCAUCGGGGGUAAUUAUUAAUGAUAAUAAUGUGGGUGUUGGGUGUUGGAUUAUCAUGGGGUGAAUGGCGGAGCGGGGCGCUGUUGCUAUUUUUUUGAAGCAUUUACCUUGCUAGCUGGCUAGCUAGCUAAUUAUUUUUCUUUUAACGGAGUGGUUGCAAGAAAGAAAACCUACGGAUCGAUUUGGGCUGAUCCCAGCUGCAGCCUGUCUGGAAGAUUUUGUUGAUUUUCCUUCGGCUGUUAAAGUAACAAUCAGAGUCCUUUACCAUGGCGGAGAACUUGCUGGAUGUCGGACCUCCCAACCCAAAGCGACCGAAGCUCAAUUCACCUGCCCGGUCCGCCUCUGAUGGUCCAGUAGACCUGGGAUCGCUGUUCGAGCUGGAGAACGACCUGCCAGACGAGCUGAUCCCGAACGGAGGCGACCUGGGCCUGGGGAGCAUGCCCUCCAACGGCGGGGGCGGGGUGGGCCUGGACGGGAUGGUCCCGGACGCGGCCACCAAGCACAAGCAGCUGUCGGAGCUCCUGAGGGCCGGGAGCAGCCCCAACCUGGGGCCCCUGGGGAAGAGCCCGCUGGGGCAGGGCUCGCCCACGCACCCGUCCCAGGCCCAGAAGCAGGCCGGCGGGCAGGGCGGGGCCGGCGGCAUGGGCCUGGGCACGGGGUUCGGCCAGCCCCACGUGCUGCUGGGACAGGGCCCCCAGCCCCAGCAGGGCCAGGCCAUGAACGGCACCCUGGGGCCCGGGGGCCGCGCCCGGGGCCCCGCUCCCAUGCAGUACCAGGGCCAGGGGCCGGCGGCCGGGGGCGGAGCCACGGGAAGCGCGCUGGCGGAGACGCUCACGCAGGGGGCGCCACAGAUGGGAGCUCACGGCACCAUGAACGCGCAGCAGGGCGGGAACAUGAACAAGAUGGGUCUCCCGGGGGCCAACGGUCCGUUUGGGCAGCAGUACGGCCAGGGCCCGGGGCAGCUGCUGGGGGGGGCGGGGGUCAACGCCCAGCUCCAGAACAAGGCAGCCCUCCCCAACAGCCUCCCCCCCUUCCCCACCGACCUGAAGGGAGCUACCAGCGUGCCCAACCUGUCCCAGAUCCAGCAGCAGCCCCAGCAGCACCAGGUGCCCUCGGUGGGCGUGGUCCCGGGGCAGGGCGUGUCGGCGGGCCCCACGGCCGACCCGGAGAAGCGCAAGCUGAUCCAGCAGCAGCUGGUGCUCCUGCUCCACGCCCACAAGUGCCAGCGGCGCGAGCAGGCCAACGGGGAGGUGCAGGCCUGCGCCCUGCCCCACUGCCGCACCAUGAAGAACGUCCUCAACCACAUGACCCACUGCCAGGCCGGCAAGUCCUGCCAGGUGGCCCACUGUGCGUCCUCCCGGCAGAUCAUCUCUCACUGGAAGAACUGCACCCGGCACGACUGCCCCGUCUGCCUGCCGCUGAAGAACGCCAGCGACAAGAGGAACCAGCAGCCCAUGCUGAGCUCCCCCAGUGCCGGGCUGCAGAACUCCAUUGGUCAGGUGGGCGCGGGUCAGCAGACCACGCCCACCAUCAGCAGCGCCACGCCCAUCGACCCCAGCUCCAUGCAGAGGGCCUACGCCGCGCUGGGCCUGCCCUACGGCAACCAGCCGUCUGCGCAGACGCAGCCGCAGCAGGGCCCCGGACAGCAGACUGCGCAGACACCCCACCAGCACCAGCUGCGCUCCAUCAAUGCGCUCGGCGCUAACCAGAUGAACAUGGGAGGCGGGGCGAUGGGCGGGGCCUCAUCAGAUCAGGCCAACAUGCACUCCGACUCUUCCCUCCCUCCCUCGCUCAACGCCAACCAGCUGAUGUCGGACGGGCCUGGCGCCGGCUCCAUGGGCAACCUGCCCACCGCCGCCCCGCUGUCCGCCGCCAGCGCCAGGAAGGCGUGGCACGAACACGUCACUCAGGACCUGCGCAACCACCUGGUGCACAAACUUGUGCAGGCCAUCUUCCCCACCCCGGACCCGGCUGCCCUGAAGGACCGGCGGAUGGAGAACCUGGUGGCCUACGCCCGCAAGGUGGAGGGGGACAUGUACGAGUCCGCCAACAGCAGGGACGAGUACUACCACUUCCUGGCGGAGAAGAUCUACAAAAUCCAGAAGGAGCUGGAGGAGAAGCGGAGGUCGAGGCUCCAGAAGCAGCCCCCCAUGGCCCCCACCGGAGCGCCGCAGCCCGUCCUCCCCCAGCCCAACGCCCUGGGGCCCGCGCCGGCAGGGAGACCGCCCAAUGGACCUGUGCCUAUGCCCAAUGUGCCGAAUCAGAUCAUGAAUCGCGUGCAGGUUUCUCAAGGGAUAAACCAGUUCAGCCCCAUGGCGAUGCAGAACGUGCAGAUGUCCCAGGCACCCAUGGGGUCCCGUGCCGCGUCCCCCAUGAACCACGCCCCACAAAUGAACAUGGGCUCCGUGCCAGCGAUGGGGAUGUCCCCCUCCAGGAUGCCCCAGGCUCAAGGCAUGAUGGGAAACCACGCGGGCAGCAUGGUGGGCCAGACGGCCAGCCAGGCCCAGUUCAUGGCCCAGACCCAGUUCCCCGCGUCCAGCGGGGGGGUGAAUGUCAACAUGGUCCUGGGACAGCCGGCCGCUCAGGCUGCUGUCACUCAGCAGCAGCAGCAGCAGCAGAACGCUUCCCUCCCCCUCAACGCUCUGGGCUCCAUGGGUUCCCAGCUGUCCUGCGGCCCGGCCGCCCAGCCCCCCCUCCGCUCCACACCUCCGCCCCCGCCGCCCGCCUCCGCCCCUAACCUGCAGCAGCACCAGCUCCCCGCCCCGCCCUCAGCCCCGCCCUCCUCCGGGGGGCCGGCCUCCGUGCCCGGCCCCGCCCAGGCCAUGGCCACCCCGCCCGGCCGCACCCCCUCUCGGCCUCACACCCCCCUGCAGCCCCCCGGACCCGCCCUCCAGCUGACGCAGCCCACCUCGGUGCAGCCGCCGGCCCCCACCACCCCGCUCUCCCAGGCGGCGGCCAGCAUAGACAACCGCGUGCCCACCCCCGCGUCGGUGGCGGAGGUGCACUCCCAGCAGGCCCUGCCCGACCUCCCCGACGCCAAGCCGGACCCCCGGGGCGACGAUCACGACUUCCAUUCCGGCAAGGUGGAGCCCAAAACAGAGCAUGAAGACGAUUCAAGGCCGCUGGCAGGGAAGAAGGAGGAGCCAGAGGGGGCGGAGCCAAAGCAGGAGCCAAUGGAGGUGGAGGAGAAGAAGCCGGAAAUUAAGGUGGAGCCUAAAGAGGAGGAGGAGGGCGGGACCAACGGCACGGCCGCGUCCGCCUCGCCUUCCCAGCCCCGCAGGAAGAUCUUUAAGCCCGAGGAGCUGCGGCAGGCCCUGAUGCCCACGCUGGAGGCGCUGUACCGCCAGGACCCCGAGUCUCUGCCCUUCCGCCAGCCCGUGGACCCCAUGCUCCUGGGCAUCCCGGACUACUUCGACAUAGUGAGGAACCCCAUGGACCUGUCCACCAUCAAGCGCAAGCUGGACACGGGCCAGUACCAGGAGCCCUGGCAGUACGUGGACGACAUCUGGCUCAUGUUCAACAACGCCUGGCUGUACAACCGCAAGACCUCGCGCGUCUACAAGUACUGCUCCAAGCUGGCCGAGGUGUUCGAGCAGGAGAUCGACCCCGUCAUGCAGGGCCUGGGGUACUGCUGCGGCAGGAAGUACGAGUUCUCCCCUCAGACGCUCUGUUGCUACGGGAAACAGCUGUGCACCAUAUCCCGGGACGGCACCUACUACAGCUACCAGAACAGGUAUCACUUCUGUGAAAAAUGCUUCAACGAGAUCCAGGGCGACCGCGUCACCCUGGGCGACGACCCCGCCCAAUCGCAGACUAUGAUAUCGAAAGACCAGUUUGAAAAGAAGAAAAACGACAUGCUGGACCCAGAGCCGUUCGUUGAAUGUAAAGACUGCGGACGCAAGAUGCAUCAGAUCUGCGUGCUGCACUACGACGUCAUCUGGCCAGCAGGCUUCAUCUGCAAUAACUGUCUGAAGAAGUCUGGCAAAACGCGGAAGGAAAACAAAUUCGCUGCCAAAAGGCUUCCCACCACCAGGCUGGGCAUGUACAUAGAGGACCGGGUGAAUAAGUACUUGAAGAGGCAGAACCAUCCGGAGGCCGGGGAGGUCUUUGUGCGAGUGGUGGCCAGCUCCGACAAAACUGUGGAAGUCAAGCCGGGCAUGAAAUCCAGGUUUGUGGACACAGGUGAGAUGUCGGAGUCCUUCCCGUACAGAACCAAAGCACUUUUUGCGUUUGAGGAGAUCGACGGCGUGGACGUCUGCUUCUUCGGGAUGCACGUGCAGGAGUACGGCUCCGAGUGCCCCUUCCCCAACACCAGGCGGGUGUACAUCUCCUACCUGGACAGCAUCCACUUCUUCAGGCCGCGCCUGCUGCGCACCGCCGUCUACCACGAGAUCCUGAUUGGCUACCUGGAGUACGUGAAGAAGCUGGGGUACGUGACGGGUCACAUUUGGGCCUGCCCCCCCAGCGAGGGGGACGACUACAUCUUCCACUGUCACCCCAUCGACCAGAAGAUCCCCAAACCCAAGCGCCUGCAGGAGUGGUACAGGAAGAUGCUGGACAAGGCCUUCGCUGAGAGGAUCCUGCACGACUACAAGGACAUCUUCAAGCAGGCCACAGAGGACCGUCUGACCAGCGCCAACGAGCUGCCCUACUUCGAGGGAGACUUCUGGCCCAACGUCCUGGAGGAGAGCAUCAAGGAGCUGGAGCAGGAGGAGGAGGAGAGGAAGAAGGAGGAGAACACGGCCACCUGCGAGACCCCCGAGGGGACCCCGACGGACAGCAAGAACGCCAAGAAGAAGAACAACAAGAAGACCAACAAGAACAAGAGCAGCCUGAGCCGCGCCAACAAGAAGAAGCCGGGCAUGCCCAACGUGGCCAACGACCUGUCCCAGAAGCUCUACGCCACCAUGGAGAAGCACAAGGAGGUGUUCUUCGUGAUCCACCUGCACUCGGGCCCGGUGAUCAACACGCUGCCGCCCAUCAUGGACCCGGACCCCAUGCUGACGUGCGACCUGAUGGACGGGCGGGACGCCUUCCUGACGCUGGCGCGGGACAAGCACUGGGAGUUCUCCUCCCUGAGGAGGUGCAAGUGGAGCUCCAUGUGCAUGCUGGUGGAGCUGCACAACCAGGGCCAGGACCGCUUCGUCUACACCUGCAAUGAGUGCAAGCACCACGUGGAGACGCGCUGGCACUGCACCGUCUGCGAGGACUUUGACCUCUGCAUUAACUGCUACAACACUAAGGGCCACGAGCACCAGAUGGUGAAGUGGGGGCUGGGCAUCGACGACGACAGCAACAGCCAGGGGGCCGAGGCGUCCAAGAGCCCGCAGGAGAGCCGGCGCCUCAGCAUCCAGCGCUGCAUCCAGUCGCUGGUGCACGCCUGCCAGUGCCGCAACGCCAACUGCUCGCUGGCCUCCUGCCAGAAGAUGAAGCGCGUGGUGCAGCACACCAAGGGCUGCAAGCGCAAGACCAACGGCGGCUGCCCCGUCUGCAAGCAGCUGAUCGCGCUCUGCUGCUACCACGCCAAGCACUGCCAGGAGAACAAGUGCCCCGUGCCCUUCUGCCCCAACAUCAAGCACAAGCUGCGGCAGCAGCAGCUGCAGCACCGGCUGCAGCAGGCGCAGAUGAUGCGCCGCCGCAUGGCUACCAUGCAGGGCCGGGGCGUGGCCCAGAGCCUGCCGUCCCCGCCCACCCCGGCCGCGCCGGGCACGCCCACCUCCCACCAGCAGCAGGGGCAGCAGCCGGGCGGGGCGCAGACCCCCCAGCCCCAGCCGCUGCCGCAGGCCCCGCCCGCCAACAACGCCGCCGCUGCCGCCGCAGUCAUGUCCCCCUCCUUCCCCAACGGCCCGCGCCCCGGCCAGCCCCCCGCGCCCCCGUCCCAGGGCAAGCCGGGCCCCCAGUCCUCGCCCCUGCACCAGCAGCAGUCGCCCCUGCCCCCGCCCGGGCAGCAGCAGGGGCAGCCGCAGCCCCCCCUGGCUGCGCUGAAGGUGGCGCUGCACAUCGAGCGGGUGGCACAGGCUCAGCAGCACCAGGACUACCGGCUCAACGGGCACGCCAUGGGCCACCCGCGCAUGCAGGCCCCCAUGCAGAUGGGCGCCCGGGGGCCCGCGGGCAUGCAGGGCAUGCCGCCCGGACAGUGGGCCCCGGGCCCCCAGGGGCCCAUGCAGGCCCCCCAGCAGCCUCCGCAGCAGCAGCAGCCUCCGCAGCAGCAGGUCCCCCCCCAGCAGGCCGCGAUGGGGGGGCAGCAGCCGCCGGGGCCGCAGGCCCAGCACAUGCAGCGGCCCAUGAUGGCGCAGCCCCCCCGGAUGCAGGGCGCCGUCCCGCCCCAGGGGCCCGGGCAGCAGACCCCGCCCAGGGGCCCCGCGCCCGGGGGCAUGGCCUCCACGGCGCUGCAGGACCUGCUGCGCACGCUCAAGUCGCCCAGCUCGCCGCAGCAGCAGCAGCAGGUGCUCAACAUCCUGAAGGCCAACCCGCAGCUCAUGGCCGCCUUCAUCAAGCAGCGGACAGCCAGGUACCAGGCCAGCCAGGGCCAGGCGCAGGGCCAGCCGCCGCAGCAGGGCCCGCAGGGCAUGCAGCCGGGCCUGCAGGGCAUGGCCCCCAUGCAGCCGGGCGUGGCGCAGCGCCCCGGCAUGCCCCCGCAGCAGCAGCAGCCGCAGCAGGCCCCGCCGCAGGGCAUGGGCGGCAUGGGCCCGCAGGGGCAGCUCAGGCAGCACAACCCGCAGUUCCAGGAGAUGUACCGUCGCCAGCUCCUGCUCCUGCAGCAGCAGCAGCAGCAGCAACAACAGCAGCAGCAGCAGCAGGGCGCCAUGCAGCAAGCGCAUGGCCAGUUCCCCCAGCCGCAGGGCCCGGCGGCCAGCUACUCGCAGCUGCGCAUGCAGCAGCAGAUGGCCAUGCAGCAGCAGCAGCAGCAGCAGCAGGGUGGCGGUGGUGGCGGCGGGCCCAUGGGUCAGCUGCCCCCCAUGACGCAGAUGGGCCUGGAGGGGACUCAGAACCUGCUGCACCAGCGCAUGCUCCAGCAGCAGCAGCAGGCGGCAGCGAUGAAGCCGCAGAUGGGCUCCCCGGCGCAGGCCGGGCCCAUGAGCCCCCAGGCGCACAUGGGGGGGCACCUGCCCGGCCAGCCGCUGGCCAACUCGCUCGGCAACCAGGUGCGCUCCCCCGCCCCCGUGCAGUCGCCCUGCCCCCCCUCGCAACAGCCGCCACAUUCCAGCCCCUCCCCCCGAAUACAGCCCCAGCCCUCCCCCCACUCGGGCUCGCCCCGCCCCCACCCGCUGCCCCACCCGCACCCCCACGCCGGCCUGCCCGCGCCCAUGCCCAACUCCAUGGAGCAGGGGCACAUGGGCACCCCCGAACAGAGUGCCAUGCUGCCACAGCUGGGCACGCCGGGCCGCGCCAGCCUCGCCACUGACUUGGGCAUGGUGGAGGACACCACCGGGGACACACUGGAGAAGUUUGUGGAAAGAUUGUAGCAUUCGGAGGCCAAACACAACCCCACCCCUCUACCCCCUCCCCCCCCACCCCCAGCCUCGUCUCCUCUACCCGGGGACUCGUUUGUACUGACAUGUAAAAAGUUUAAAGGAAUUUAAAAAGAAAAAAAGAUGGAAAAAAAUAAGUCAACAGUGCGAGGGAAUAUGAAGGUUUCCUACCGAGAGACUGCUAUUGUUGCUUCCUACAAGGGGAGGGAUAAAAAAAAAAUGCUGUCUACACAAAAUAAUUAAAUCACAAAGAAUAUAUUUUUUGGUUCUGACCAGAUAGGAAAGAUUUCUUUUUUUGUCCUGGUAUGGUUUCUUGGGCCUUUUUUUUUUUUUUUUUAAAUGAAACUUUGCAAAAUGAAAUAUUUCAUUAUAUUAUUCUUACUUUUUAUUUUGUACCUUUGCAAACUUAAGGCAUUUUUUUGUGUUGAGAGGAUGUAAAAUAAUUUCUGGGAAAAUUAGGCCAGGUCGCUUCUCUCUCCCCCCUGGGUCCUGCCGGAUGCAUCCUGAUGUACGGAUUUUUCUCCAGAGGACACACUUUCGGGGGAGCUCUCUUUCCUUUCCUCAUUGUGAGUCUGUGCGGGAGAUUUAAGUAUUCAUUUGUAUAGAUAGGAAUUAGACGAUUGCACACAUUUAAAAUCACACUUCCGCGCACACAAACACGCAAGCAAACCACUCAUGCACUCUGGCGGACAGUUCCCACACACACACACACACACACACACAUACACACAUACAUUGCAUUGAACCAAUGUGUACACCUUACUGGCUUGGAAGAAGAAUUUUGUCUUGCAGGUGUAGAAAUCGUUGCUUUUUGUUUCUCCUUUGAUCGCUGAAAUUUGUCAUAAAGAAGACUUAAUCCCUGAACUUGGCCUGCAGUGGGAUCACCGUUUUGACUGCUGAUUUGAAUGGAUAGAGAAAAAAAUCCUCGUUCUACUUACAGAAAACUUGAAUCGAGGGUCAACCAUUCUCGAAAUCAUGCAGGUUGUUUAAAAUGCUAUAAAUAUAAGGAAAAAGAACGAAAUCACUGUAAAAACUGGUUAAAAUAAUUCAUUUCUUACUUAUAUACCAUAUUGUUAAAUAAACUGUGUGCAACAGA